GCUCUCUGCUCUUCCCCCACGCUGCUCAUGUCGUGAUCUUGAUUCUGCCAGAGAGUUGGCAGUCGCAUCAGCUGCCCGGCACUGAGUAUAAUCGAUGGAGGGUGGCUCGGGCGCGUCGUAGAGUCCAUCGUGCUGCGGGCUUACUGAAUGUGGCCCGCAACGUACUCCGAGCCAAGGACCGCCACACUACGGAGUUGCUUGCACCCGGGCCGUUGCGAAGGUUCCUUGGUGCUGGUACGCGAGGCCAUUCACACGAUGGCCAGCGUGCUGAGGGGAUGUCGACAACUCUGUCCACGGCGCGAAAACAGCGGCAGCAUUGCACACACGGUCGCCUUCCACGCUCAUUGGACGGAAGCGAUGGCCGCCCUGCGCAGGAGCUACCUCCGUACAUCCCUGUCUGCUCGCACGUCGAUCUCCAGCGUGCAUCUAGAGCUGCGUCACUGCAUCGAGUCGAGGGGGGAGCUAAGCCUCAUCCACUGCCGGGACGCUGGGGUGUGCACUCUUGAUGCCACUGCUGCGGGUCUUUCAGCGCAGUAUCAAAGAUCUGGGACAGUAUAUCAAGUCUUUGUAUAUGUGAAUUGUGGGCUAGCUAUCGAAUACAUGGAUGAGAAGAGCACGCGGCCGUGUCUUAACAUUAUGGCAAGAUGGCAGUAGCGGCGCACAUCAUGAUGGCUCGAUAUGAGCUACCCAAUAUGACGGCUGAAAGCUAGCUCCUUUGCAUGCAUCAGGACAGUCAGCUGUUCGCUGUUCAUCUGUGCAUACUCCUUGUUACUAUACAAGGUGAACUGAAGCAUCAUCAGGUCAGACGAGCGGCAGAAGGCUUUAAUGGGGACA